AUGAUAAAUUAAUAAGUUAACUCUACAAAAACAGAACCAGUAUAAAAUAAUUAUGAUUUAAUGAGAGGUAGUUUGUAUUUCAUAAAUAGGUCCAUUUUAAUAUACUCCAUUUACUAUAGACCAUCCAGGAUAACCUGAGGAUGAUUAUUCUGUUAAAGACCCAACUGUAAAGACAUUAGAUCGAUCUAAAUAGUGUUUAUCACCAUUUAAUAUCAAUCAUGAGGUUUCCUUUUUAAUUACAUUUCUCAGAUAUCCAAUGAAAGAAAUUCCUUCAUCUAAGAUUCAAGCAGCCUUUCAUUAUUGGCAUUCAACUAAAAAAGUCUAGAGACCACUAAAGGUUUUUAAAACCAAAGGAAACUUAAAACAAAAUUUGCAGAACUUUUAAAAGGCAAAUUAAAAUUGAAUGAUAAAGUAAAGAAAUAUUCUUAUAUUUUUGAUUUGGCUUAAUAAGAUAAUACUCAAUAAUGUAUUAAAAAAUGUCAAAAGUUUUAGAUGUAUUAUAACCGAACUCAAAAUUAGUUAAAUAUUGGAGUAUCUUAUAUCUAUUGAUAAUGAUUAUUUAAAUUAUCAUCAUCCCUUUAUAAAUUAAAGCCUUCUUUAUGUUAUUUCUUACACUUAAAGUAAUAGAUAUACUAUUGAACUCUAUUUCUACUUUUGCAAUAAAUGGAGAGAUUGAAACUAAACUUAUAGUGAUCAUAAAUCAUUAUUGUAAAUAAUAAUUGAUAUUUGAUAUAGUAAUACAUUAAUAUAAAAUAAUAGAUUUUUCUUGGUUCCAUCCUAUUUUAACAAAACUAUUGGAGCAUAAUUAUUAAUCUAUUGAGUACAAUCCCUAGACUUUUAUAGAUUUAAAAGAAAGUCUAAUUGUAAAUAUCUAUAUUAUAAUUGAUAGUGAAUAUAAUAUUUUUAAUUAAUUCUCGCUUUUAAGUAUUUUAAUAAUAAAAGCAAUUUUACUGAUCCACACUAUAACAUGUUUUUGGGUAUUUAAUAUGCUAAUUGAAAAUGAGGAUUCCUUUUUAGAAUAGUAUUUGCAUUCCUUAUAUUAUGUACUCAGUAUUUUGACUUUCAAUUCAGUUUUAAUUGAUGUAAAUGAUCAACAAAACAUUAUUGUAUAUUGUAUCAUUUCAUUCUUAUCUUUCAUUUCUAUUUCCUAUUUUUUAUCCAAAAUGCUAACAAUUUUUAAGGAAGAUGGAUUAGAUUAAUAAUUAAGUGAAUUUAUGACUUAAAAUAAUCUAGAUUCAACUCUAAAAUAAAAAAUAAUAAGUCAUUUAUUAUAUUAACCAAAAUACAUACAUGAUAAAUUUAUUUCAAAAUUAUCUAGUAAUUUAAUUUAAGAAUAUAAAAUAAGUCAAAGAUCCAAAUUAAUAAACUAAUAUUUUAAAUACUUUAAUAAAAAUACUAUUAAAUCUAUUAUUGAUAAUAGUUAUGAAAUAGUAACUUAACCUAAUUAAACUAUAAUAUAAGAAGGUGUAUUGGAUGAUUGUUCAUUAUAUUUUAUUUUAGAAGGUUUAGUGUGUUUGAAAUCUAGGACUAAUAUCAAAUUAUAGAUUUUGAAAUAAAAUGAUUCAUUUGGAGAAAUAGGAUUUUAUACUUAAAAACCAAGAAAUUUUACUAUUCAAAGUGAAGGAGUAACUAGACUUUUGAAAAUAGAAAGAACAACAUUCUUAUAGUGUUUAAACUUCAAUGAUAAAGUAAAAUUAAUUAAUAUUAAUUAGUAAUUGUUUUAUUAAUAGAGAGAUAAAAUAUUAUUUAAUUUAGGUUUACCAAUUAAAUGUGCAUGUUGUUUAAGAGAUGAUCAUAUCAUAACAAGAUGUCCUUUAUUAACAUAUAAACCUAAUCAAAGUUUUAUUUUAAAGAAGUUUAUUUUCCCACAUAAAUAAUUUAGGAAAGAAUGUAAUUAUUAUAUUUAUAUUUUAAAUAUUUUUAUAGAUAAAAGAAGAAACUCUAAAGAUAUGAGAGCAUUAAAUUUUUAUUAAUGUGCUUCACAAUAUGAAGUGGCAUUUUUAAAAUUAUUCUCUGAUCAAUUACAAAUAUCAUAACUUAGUCAAUCAUAAUUACCUUAUGAUGAUUUUGCUAUACGUGAUUCAAAUGUCAGUGCUAGAAGUCUAACCAAAUUAAGUAGAGAUAGAUCAAUUGUCAAAUCCACUUCAUUCAUGAAGUAAUAAUCUGGUUAUGAAUAAUAAUCCAUGCCUAAUAACACAGAUAAUUUAUUGUAUUCAUAAAAAUCAUUAAAAGCUCUAAUUUUGAUUAAGAUAAUGAAUUUCAAAUCAUAAAUAAUAAUUCAGAUAAAAAGUAUGAUGAAUUCGAAUCAUUAGUAAGAACUGAUUAACAAAAAAGAACAUUUGCAACUGCUGGAUUUGGAUCUUAAAGCUUAGCUGCUUCUAAUAAAGAUUUAACAUAAAAAUCUUUAAAUAUCAUUCUGGAAAAUGAAGAUUCAGACAGUAUCUCUGAAUAAAAAUCUAAAUCUGUAGAAGAAGAGAAUGUUGUUGAUUCACCUCAAGAUAAAUUUGAAAGGAAAAAUAAUGAUCCAAAAUUAACAUUCAAUUACAAUUUUGAAACUUAAAUGAAUGAACUUCAAAAGUAAAAUUAAAGUCAUCCUCGUUUAUCUCGUCUAGGAUCUGGCUCUAUUAGAUAAUAAAGCUCAAGGAAUAGUACAUAUAAAUAUCCAGAUAUAAUAAGUUAACGUUAAAAUUCUUCUAGAUCAUUAACUUACAGCCCUAUCCCAUCUAAUAGUUAAAUUAAAUCAGGAAUGCCAUCCUCUAAACAGAAUAGAAAGUCUACAUUCUCCUUUCCCUAAAAAUUAAUUUAAUAAACACGUUAAGUUGAUAUUGCUAAUUUUGAUGAUAGUAGAAGUUAAUAAUAAUAAAGACAUUCAAUUAGAAAAAUCUCUACUAAAACUGGAACAAAGAUUUCUAUUAUGCCCUCUUGUUUUUAACCAUUCAGCUAUGUAGAUGUAUUAAUAUCUAAUUAAAUUAAGUUACCUCUCUAUGCUAAUAACUCAUUUGGAUUAAAUAAUUUUGAUUCUAUGUAUUCAUUUGAUUACUAUUUGCCCCAUAAUAAUUAUGAAGUUGCCAUUUACAAGUAUUUUAUUGAAUAAUCUAUUAAGAGCUAAUAAAUUUAGAUAUAUUAGAGAAAUCAAUAUUUCAAAGUAUUUUAAUGACUAUCAUCUAUCAAAUAUGAUUUAAUUAUUAAAAUAAAAAAGAUUGAAAUCUAUUAAAACUUAUACAAGUUAAAAAUAAUUAGAAUGA